AUGGCCUCAAUCCCAACCAUAGAUAUAUCUCCCUACCUUCGACAGCAAGCUUCUGCGGAUGACAAGGCCGCAGUAAAAGAUGCUGUCAAGAACGCCUGCGCAAAGUAUGGCUUCUUCCAGCUCUCCGGGCAUGGUGUCCCCUUGACAGCUCAACAAGCCGUCAUAGAAGCCAGCAGACGUCUCUUCUCGCUUCCACAGAAGCAGAAGGAUGCACUGUCCCUGAAGAAUAGCCCAGCAAGACGCGGCUAUGAGCGAGUAGGCGAGCAAGUCCUCGACAUCAACGCCUUGCCAGACUUCAAAGAGGGAUAUUACGUCGGUCGGGAAGUCCCUGCCAAAGACAUGAGUUUCUCGCGGGGCCCGAACCAGUGGCCUCCGCCAGAAUCUCUGCCUGAUGACCACUUCCGGAAUCCCAUUACAGAGUACUGGCAAUAUCUAGUGCAAUUGUGCGACACAAUGAUGGAGAUCCUCACCUUAGGUCUCGGCCACGACAUCUCCGUCCUACAAAACUUCACCAGGGAGCCAGCCGCGAACCUCAAGCUCCUCCACUACCCUCCACACCUUUCGAAAGAUGAACGACAGUUCGGCGCAGGAGCACAUACGGACUUCGGCGCGCUGACUAUUCUGCUACAGCAACCCGGAAAGCAUGGAUUGCAAGUCUUUGAUCGCUCGAGCGGCGAGUGGAUUGCCGUCCCGGCCGUGGAAGAUAUCUUUGUGGUGAAUAUUGGCGACUUGAUCCAGAAAUGGACGGAUGGAGAGUACAACAGUACGGUGCAUCGUGUUGUUAACAUCAGUGGCGGCGACAGAUACAGUGUGCCGUGCUUUUAUCAAGCACGAUGA